AGUGAGUGAGAGAGAGAGAGAGAGAGAGAGAGAGAGAGAGAGAGAGAGAGAGAGAGAUAGGGAAGACAAACUUUCCUUCCUACAGUUGGACUUUUCCUAGCUCCAGGACUUGAGUGCUGGAAUGGAUUUCCUCUGAUUUUUUGGAUGUCACUGCACAACUGUUGCUUUUACACGCAGAAGGGAUCUUUAAAGUUUUGGUGGCUAUAAGAUAAUCACGCAGAAGCGUGUGUCUGCGUGUGUGUCUUUUGGAUAAGUGGAGCCGUGGUUUGUUGCGUGUGUGUCUGUCUGACAGGAGCGUGCUCGGAGCAAUGUCAGGUGUUACGCGGAAAGGUUCUGGGAGACCAGGAUAUUACUACAGACUCCUGGGUCGAACGAGACUACAGAGACAACGCAGUCGCUCCAGGAGUAGAAGCAGAGCUACAAACAAUAGGGACUCUCCUCCUGAGAGGACAGGGCGGAGACGGAGCAUGCCAGGCUCCGCCCCUGAAAAAGCUCCACCCACAAUGGAGCCCUCUGCUGCUGCCACACCCUUCAGGGUCACAGGGUUUCUGAGCCGCAGGUUAAAAGGCUCAAUAAAACGGACUAAAAGUCAGCCUAAACUGGACAGGAACAGCAGUUUCAGACACAUUCUGCCAGGCUUCAGACCUGUGGACAACGACAGGUCUCAUCUGAUGCCCAGGCUGAAGGAGUCACGCUCUCACGAGUCUUUGCUCAGUCCCAGCAGUGCAGUAGAAGCUCUGGACCUCAGCAUGGAGGAGGAGGUCAUCAUUAAACCAGUGCACAGCUCCAUCCUCGGGCAGGAUUACUGCUUUGAGGUGAGCACCUCCACAGGUAGCAAGUGCUUUUCUUGUCGUUCGGCCGCAGAGAGAGACAAAUGGAUGGAAAAUCUGCGGCGAGCUAUCCACCCUAAUAAGGACAACAGCAGACGGGUAGAGAACACACUCCGGCUUUGGAUCAUCGAAUCGAAGGACCUUCCGGCCAAGAAAAAAUACUUCUGUGAACUCUGCCUGGAUGACGGCCUGUACGCCCGUACGACAUGCAAACUCAAGACAGAUAAUGUGUUUUGGGGUGAACAUUUUGAGUUCAAUAACCUCCCUGCCGUCCAAAACAUCACCGUGCACCUGUAUAGGGAUUCAGACAAAAAAAAGAAAAAGGACAAAAAUAACUAUGUGGGAUUGGUGAGCAUUCCGGUGGUCGGUGUCACAAGCAGGCAGCUGGUUGAAAAAUGGUACCCGGUAAGCCAGCCCAAUCCGGGUAAAGGAAAAGCACCAGGACCCAUGAUCCGCAUCAAAGCACGAUAUCAGAGUAUGAACAUCCUGCCUAUGGAACUCUAUAAAGAGUUUGCCGAGUACACGACCAACAACUACAUGCUGCUGUGCUCUGUGCUGGAGCCAGCCAUCAGUGUCAAGAACAAAGAGGAAAUGGCCUGUGCUUUAGUGCAUAUCCUGCAGAGUACCGGGAAAGCAAAGGACUUCCUGACAGACCUGAUGAUGUCCGAGGUGGAUCGGUGCGGUGAGAACGAGCACCUUAUCUUCAGAGAGAACACGCUGGGCACUAAAGCUAUUGAGGAGUACCUCAAACUGGUUGGACAGAAGUACCUGCAGGAUGCACUGGGGGAGUUUAUAAAGGCUUUGUAUGAGUCUGAUGAGAACUGUGAGGUGGACGCAUCGAAAUGUUCAUCUAGUGAUCUACAAGAACAUCAGAGCAACCUCAGAAUGUGUUGUGAGCUGGCCUUCUGCAAGAUCAUCGAAUCUUACCGUGUGUUUCCACGGGAGCUUAAGGAGGUGUUUGCAUCCUGGAGACAGGAAUGUGGUAACCGGGGGCGACCAGACAUCAGUGAGCGGCUUAUCAGCGCUUCUUUGUUUUUGCGGUUUCUCUGUCCGGCCAUCAUGUCGCCUUCACUGUUCAACUUAACGCAGGAAUACCCAGAUGACCGAACUGCUCGCACGCUCACCCUCAUUGCCAAGGUUACGCAAAACCUAGCGAACUUCACCAAGUUUGGUAACAAAGAGGAGUACAUGUCCUUUAUGAAUCAGUUUCUAGAGCAGGAGUGGACCAACAUGCAGCGUUUCCUACUGGAGAUCUCUAACCCAGAGACCAUCUCAAAUACGGCAGGCUUUGAGGGGUACAUAGACCUGGGCCGUGAGCUCUCCACCCUGCACUCCCUUCUAUCUGAGGUGGUUUCCCAAAUGGACCAGAGUGCUGCGUCCAAGCUUGGUCCAUUACCCAGGAUACUAAGGGAUGUUCAUGGAGCGUUAACAAACCCACCAAACGUACAGAUGGGUGCUUCUACUGAUCGCGGUCCCUCCCCUCCAGGCUCGGGAUGUAGCAUCUCCACUGGAUUACAAAAAAUGUCUAUUGACAGUGACCUACCGGGCCCGGUGGACUUUACUCGUCUCCCUUCCCCAACCCCUGAAAAUAAAGACCUCUUCUUCGUCACACGGUCAUCUGGCCUUCAGGGCUCCCCUGCCCGCAGCUCCAGCUACUCCGAGGCCAACGAACCCGAACUGGGCUUAGCCAAUGGUGGCAAGAGCCUCUCCAUGGUAGAUCUCCAGGAAGCAGCCAGGGCAUUAGAACCCAUUGCCAUAUCAGCAGGGAUAACUUCAGAAGGUUUAGGUGAGGGUACCAUGGUUCCUUGGAACGCACGGACACCUCAAGGAAAUGUUACUGGAGGUCCCACUCUUCACAGGCCAGGACACACUCUCAAUACCCAAGGAGCAGAAGGGGCACCAGGCAGGCCUACGCAGCUCCUGGCCCCACUGUCAUUUCAGAAUCCAGUAUACCAGAUGGCAGCAGGGUUGCCUGUAUCACCCCGGGGGACAGCAAGUGGCGAUUCGGGGUCAGAAUGUCACAGCUCCGUCAGUUCCCAUAGCAACAAUGAAGAAGGUUUUGGAGGAACCAAGCAUACCUUCCUUACCCAGCUGGGUGGGAUGGGGGAGGAGUUUGUGAGACGUUCUGGAGAUUUCUCUAGGAGACAGCUAUCGCUGACUGACGGUAACCAGCCCACGGUACCACGACAAAGUGCAGCUGGUCCUCAGCGGCGUAUCGACCAGCCACCACCUCCAACACAAACUGCACCCCGAGGACGUACUCCACCCAAUCUGUUGAACUCCACCCCCUAUCCACGGCCUUCUAAUAAUACUAUGAUGUCAUCGUCACCCGACUGGCCCGGAAGCGGUGCUCGGCUCCGGCAACAGAGUUCCUCGUCUAAAGGCGACAGUCCGGAAACAAAGCAUCGUGCCCAGCAUAAACAAGCCCCGUCCCCUGUGAACCCCAGUGCAUUGGACCGUACCGCUGCCUGGUUGAUGAAUGUGCCAUAUAUAGAGCAGGAGUCUGAGACAGAGCUUUGCAGAGACGAACAGACGCAAGCUGAGAAGUAUCAGGCUGAGAUUAGCAUGCUGCAGGACAGACUUCGCAUAUCGGUUCAGAGGCUGGAGGAGUACGAAGCCCGACUGAAGGGACAGGAGGACCAGGCGCAGAAGAUGCUACUGGAGUACCAGACCCGGCUGGAGGAGUCAGAGGAGAGGCUUAGACGGCAACAGGAAGACAAAGACUUGCAGAUGAAGGGCAUUAUCAGCAGGUUGAUGUCUGUGGAGGAAGAGCUUAAGAAAGAUCAUGCUGACAUGCAGGCAGUGGUUGACUCCAAACAGAAGAUCAUUGAUGCUCAGGAGAAACGAAUAGCAUCUCUGGAUGCGGCUAACGCCAGGCUAAUGAGCGCCCUGUCACAGCUAAAGGAGCGUUACAGCAUGCAGACGCGCAACGGGAUUUCUCCCACCAACCCCACCAAACUUCAAAUCACAGAGAAUGGAGAGUUUCGUAACAGCUCCAACUGCUGAAUACAUCCUAAUGAGAGCAUGAAACAUGCACACACACACACACACACACACACACAGAGAGAGAGAGAGACAGAGAGAGAGAGAGAGAGAGAGAGAGAGAGAGAGAGAGAGAGAGAGAGAGAGAGAGAGAGAGAGGACAGAAUGAAGUUUAUAGGCAAGUGUGUAGAUAUUUUGUAAGUAAAUACUGAUGGGAAGCAAUCCAGGGGAGGCUUUACGUCAACCUUUAACAGCUGGUUAACUGACUGAGUCCACUUGAAACAGCUGUUGACACUACUUCAUUUUAGGACACACCACUAUACGUUCAUUUAUGAAUCACAGCAGCUAACUGUCAAAAACUGUGGUAUAUUAAGGCCUUCUAGCCUGCAGUUUCCUCCUAAAGUAACUUUACUUGCUACAAAAUAGGUGUUCUCUAUACGUCCUUUGAAAAACCUUGAUUGUGUGUGUUGCGUUUAUUUAUAAUGGUUUCUUCAUUGGAAACCUGGCUGAAACUAAAGAAUGAGCAACUCUCCGAUGAGGACACUUCCUGUUUCUAUUUCUGCCAGUUUGUCCCUACAGCGCACUUUGUAUCUCCAUCAUGAGAAGCCUUAAAAAAAUGAAUGGCUCUGAAUAUUCUUGCUUAAUUAUUUUUUACAGUAAAGAUGAAAGAUUAUGAUGCAGUAUAUAGAUCCAACCCAUUCUCAUGAUGCGCGUAUAAGUAAAAUGUGAAAAGAGUUUUUUUUUUUUUUUACCAUUGUCGCUUGGGGUUGGGGUUGGGGUUGGAACAACUUUCUGUUACAUAUAAUGACAUCCUAACCCAAAUCCCAAAUUGAACCUCAACCCCAAGUGAUAAUGGUUUAAAAAUAGAAUAAAAUUGAAUGGGAAUGGGAAGGACUGACGUAUCACAUGCACGCAAAAUUGCAGUUUGGCGUAUGUAUUGCACGACUUGUGUGCUAUUUAUACGCACGUCAUGAGAACGGGUAGAUACAAAGAAUAUAUUUUACGUUCUCCAUCUACACAUUUCCCUCUUUUGAGAAUGUUUUACCUCAGUUGCUUGGAGGAAGAAUGACAAAUAUUUCGCUUUGUAAUCCACUAUAUUAUUCUAAGACUGAAUUCGCACAGACUGUUCAGACUAAGCAAGCUGAAUGUUUUAGCUUUUCUAGCUUUAUGGUUUAGAUUGUUUUUAUUUAUUUUAUACAGUUUUUUUUUUUUGACAGUUUUGCAGUGAUUUUUCCCUUCUGUGAAGCUUGUUCACAUCCCAUUUAAUGUUCUCUCUUUUUUUAAAUAUCGCUUUUUAAGUAAUGUUUUUAUUUUUUCGUGUAUCCAUUGCCUCAUCAGUCCCGUGCACACUUGCCAUUUCAGCAUUUAGAGUUUGUAUAUUUUUGUAUUCUUUAAAAAAAAAACAUUUAUUAUGCUCGGCACUGAGGAACUGAACUUUACCCUGAACUUGAUUUUUAUUUUUGUUCGUCUAUAUAUGGAAGAGAGAUACACGAUAGGUCUUUAUUCUAUUGCAAAGAUAUACAGAUAUGUAAGUUGGGACAUGUAAAUAGAAAUGUUAUUUUUUUCUGACAGGCCUAUUUUUAAGGAGACCUCUGUACAUGGGCUCUCCGGGAGUGUUAUGUGAAUAUAAUUUAAGAUUAUAUAAACGAUUCCUAAGGCGAGAGUGAAUGAAAAUGUUACAUUUUUUAUAUGUACAGUAUGAUUUAUAUCUGAAAUGUGCUAUCAGACGGAGAGGCACCAAUGUAGGUUGAGGAUUUACAAGCACAAGCUGCUUCUGAAAGGCCUCUGAGGACUAUGCACUUUUUCUCCUGACUGAAGUCCUCUAUGUCCACCUUGGUUUACAUCCUUCAUAAACAAGUAGCAAGCUCAUAAAUAAGCCACUUUCUUACAUCCUAGCCCUCAUUUUUUUAUCAUUUUAUUAUGAUUCAUAACACUGUGGCCAAAUUAUAUGUAGCCAAAAGUGACUUGCCAUGUGAAUUUGCUGACUAUUGAUUGGACUGUCAAAUACCUCGACCAAUCACAUGCCCUUAAUUAUGAUCUGUUAAUUUCACGUGUAAUUGCUUCAGCACAUAAAUCAGCAUCUAAGAUCCUUUCAUAUUUAUUUGAUCAACAAUAAAACUCAAUUGGGAAUAGCGUGCGGUUGCCAAAAAGGGAACUAGUAUUUAUUUCUCACAUUUCCCCCACAGAUACAGCUCAUCUCCAUUCAUUAAUGAGGUCUGAGACCUUGCAGAAUCUUUAUAUCUAUUUACACUUCAGCCACUAGCAAGUCCAAAAAAGUUUAAAACAGUAUUGAAUAAAAAAAGAUUUUGCUGUUGUCUUGGUUGUUUUCAUCUAAAGUGUCUUUAUUCGGCUUCUGUUCAGUUUAGAAAACUAUUUGCGCAUCUAUUUUACAGCAGUUAAUGUGAAAUAGUAGCUAUGUGGAAUAAAUCAUAUAAAGAUAAAAAGAUAUACAAAGCUAUCAAUGAAUAAACAAUAUGUUGUAUGUUUUAUAAUCCUUGUAGAAAAGAUUUUUGUAAGUAUGUUUAAAGUAUUGGCUGAACAUUGUUUUAGGGCAAUUAUAAGAACAAUAAUGUACAGAGACGUUUGUCCAUGUUAAGACUAUACAAUUGUGGCUGUGCAAUUUAUGUACAUUUGCAACUAGAAUAAUUAAAGUUUUAUUUAGUUAUUUCAUA